AUGAAUGACACGCAUUACAAAAACACCACAGUCAUUCUCGUUGUCCUGCUGACGCACCUGCAAAACGCACAAGUAACGGGUGGUGCUUCGAUUAGGCCACCCAACACGAUGUCCCCUACUCAUCCGCGCAUCCCAUGCCUGUCCAUGCGCAGCUCCCAACUCUCCCUCCCCUCCUCAUCCGCGCAUCCCAUGCCUGUCCAUGCGCAGCACCCAACUCUCCCUCCCCUCCUCAUCCGCGCAUCCCAUGCCUGUCCAUGCGCAGCACACAACUCUCCAUCCCCUACUCAUCCGCGCAUCCCAUGCCUGUCCAUGCGCAGCACCCAACUCUCCCUCCCCUCCUCAUCCGCGCAUCCCAUGCCUGUCCAUGCGCAGCACCCAACUCUCCCUCCCAUCCUCAUCCGCGCAUCCCAUGCCUGUCCAUGCGCAGCACACAACUCUCCCUCCCCUACUCAUCCGCGCAUCCCAUGCCUGUCCAUGCGCAGCACCCAACUCUCCCUCCCCUCCUCAUCCGCGCAUCCCAUGCCUGUCCAUGCGCAGCACCCAACUCUCCCUCCCCUCCUCAUCCGCGCAUCCCAUGCUUGUCCAUGCGCAGCACCCAACUCUCCCUCCCAUCCUCAUCCGCGCAUCCCAUGCCUGUCCAUGCGCAGCACACAACUCUCCCUCCCCUCCUCAUCCGCGCAUCCCAUGCCUGUCCAUGCGCAGCACCCAACUCUCCCUCCCCUCCUCAUCCGCGCAUCCCAUGCCUGUCCAUGCGCAGCACCCAACUCUCCCUCCCCUCCUCAUCCGCGCAUCCCAUGCCUGUCCAUGCGCAGCACCCAACUCUCCCUCCUAUCCUCAUCCGCGCAUCCCAUGCCUGUCCAUGCGCAGCACACAACUCUCCCUCCCCUCCUCAUCCGUGCAUCCCAUGCCUGUCCAUGCGCAGCACCCAACUCUCCCUCCCCUCCUCAUCCGCGCAUCCCAUGCCUGUCCAUGCGCAGCACCCAACUCUCCCUCCCCUCCUCAUCCGCGCAUCCCAUGCCUGUCCAUGCGCAGCUCCCAACUCUCCCUCCCCUCCUCAUCCGCGCAUCCCAUGCCUGUCCAUGCGCAGCUCCCAACUCUCCCUCCUCUCCUCAUCCGCGCAUCCCAUGCCUGUCCAUGCGCAACACACCACCCUCCCUCCCCUCCUCAUCCGCGCAUCCCAUGCCUGUCCAUGCGCAGCUCCCAACUCUCUCUCCCCUCCUCAUCCGCGCAUCCUGUUGGAAUCACUGA